AAAUUGGCUUUGCCUUAUUAUCAAAUCCACCAUUUUGGUCCCUCAACUGUCUUAAGUUUUCAUGACAUAGAUUCAACAAGACAUGAGUUAUUAUUGCCUUUCUAUCAGGGGUGGACUGACAACUCAUGGGGCCCCCAGGCAAUAGGGGAUCAUGGGGCCCCUGUGUCCUUGCCCAAACUCAAAAAAGCCUAUGAAAAAGGUACCAGGGGCAUCUCAUGGGGCCCCCUACUGACCCGAGUUUCCAAAUGGUCAGUCCGCCCCUGCUUUCUAUCAAAUCGAACCAGUCUGCCCAUU